AUGGCCGACUCUAGGGGGAUGGCGCCUUCAUCAAGUCGUACCUCGCAGGAAGAGACCACCAGCCUUAUACCGGAGGAGGAGAAGCCGCCCGAGUACAAAGACAUCGAAAAGGCCGAAGAAGCGAACAAGACCAAAGCCAACAAGGGCCGACAAUUUCUGAUCUGGACGGUGGUCAAUACGCUCGCAACAAUUGCAAUAGUCUUCACAAACAAACAGAUAUUCAAGGACCCGUCACUGCGGCGCAAUCAGUCGACCUUUGCGGCCUUCCACUUCAGCGUCACGGCAGCCACGCUUUGGUAUGCCUCGAGGCCGAGCGUAGGCAUGUUUGUUCCCCAACGAGCAACACUAGUGGCGAUGCUACCGCUUGGGGUGGCUAUGUGCGGAAAUGUCAUUCUGCCGAACUUAUCGCUCGCAUUCUCUUCCGUUGCAUUUUAUCAGCUUGUGAGAGUGCUCCUCACACCAUUGACGGCGAUCAUCAAUUUUGUCUUUUAUGGAUCCAAGGUGCCGAGACAGGCCGUUUACUGCCUGGUGCCGAUUUGUCUCGGGGUUGGCAUCAUGUCGUACUAUGACACAAAGCAGACAGGGCGCGGGAAGAAACAACAAGCCCAGACGUCGCCACUGGGGGUAUUUUUCGCUCUUUUGGGCGUGUUGGCCAGCUCACUGUACACGGUCUGGAUUGGAACGUUCCACAAGAAGUUCAACAUGAACAGCAUGCAGCUCCUAUUCAACCAGGCGCCCAUCAGUGCGUUCUUGCUGCUGUAUGUUAUACCUUUCACCGACGAGACUCCGCAAUGGUCACAGAUGGGCCUCGAGAAGUACUUCCUCAUUCUGUUCAGCGGGCUCAUGGCUGCCCUGAUCAACAUUUCACAAUUCUUUAUCGUGGCUGGCGCUGGACCAGUCAGCAGUACUGUGGUCGGUCAUUUGAAGACGUGCUCGAUCGUGGCUCUGGGAUGGAUUACCAGUGGCCGAACCGCCAGCGAUCGAGGCAUAUUCGGUAUUUUCAUGGCCAUAACGGGAAUCGUCAUGUACUCGGUUGUGAUGUACAAGUUUAAAAAAGCUCAGCAGGAACAGCUUAAAGUGACCGAGACAGUCGCCACAAAGUGA